UAAGGAGCGAUGAGAGGCGACAGGCGUGCGCGCGGCGAGCGGGGCAGGUGUGCGCGCCCGAGCUCUCCGCAGCCGGGGUCCGGGCCCCCUCGGCUUUUCCGCACUCUGGCCCUACCUGGUCGGGUCACCACGUCGGCCGUGGCAACGUCUUCCUUCCCAGGCGCUGCAAAUAACCGGGGGAUUUAACUCGCGGUGGCGGCGGGCGCGUUCGGGUCCCUCGCGGGGAUAAGUGUAUUUCACACACUGUCACACGCGUCCCCGUGCGAAAACCCCUGCGCGCUGGUGCAUCCGCGCGCAGGCCCGCGGGGGGCGUGGUGGGCAGCGGGGGCCACGCCCUCCCAGCUUGGCGCUCCCAUCGGGACCCGGGCCCAGGGCCCUUCUGCCAUGCCAGGCGCCUCUCCUGCGGGUGACCAGCGAGGACCUGGAUCGCCCGCUGCGGGCAGCUGCUCUGGCCCAGUUCGGAGCCCCCCCGCCGUGGCCUUGUCACCCGUCCUGCCCAGGACGGUGCGUCCGGCUGCCUCCAGCUCCGUGGCCAAGCUGCAGCGCCAGGAAGCUAAAAAUAACCUCACUCGGGGAGUGCGGGGGUGGAAAAGCGAGGGAAGCCCCGCGGGCGGCGGGAGAGAGACCCCGACCGGGACGAGGGGCGCCCGGAGAGAUCCGGCCGCCGCCGAGAAUGACGCGGGCGACCCCGCUGCUCCGACGCCGGGCGGGGAGGGCGAGCCCCGCAGCCGGCCCCGCGACGCGCGCCUGGACAGCGCCGAUAAGGAGCUGAAGGCAGAAAGCGCCGCCACGGGCAGCGCCCCGACGGCGCUGGGGACGCCGCGGGCCCAAGUUAUGGAUCCAGCGAGCGUCCCCCAGGGCCUCCCCAGGCCCUGCCGCGUGCUGGUGCUGCUGAACCCGCGCGGUGGCAAGGGCAAGGCCCUGCAGCUCUUCCGCAGCCACGUGCAGCCCCUGCUGGAGGAAGCCGAGGUCUCCUUCAGGCUGACGCUCACGGAGCGGCGGAACCACGCGCGGGAGCUGGUGCGCGCCGAGGAGCUGGGGCGCUGGGACGCGCUGGUGGUCAUGUCUGGAGACGGGCUGAUGCACGAGGUGGUGAACGGGCUCAUGGAGCGGCCGGACUGGGAGACCGCCAUCCGGAAGCCGCUGUGUAGCCUCCCAGCAGGCUCUGGCAACGCGCUGGCCGCUUCUCUGAACCACUAUGCGGGCAACGAGCAGGUGACCAACGAAGACCUCCUCACCAACUGCACGCGGCUGCUGUGCCGCCGGCUGCUGUCGCCCAUGAACCUGCUGUCGCUGCACACGGCCUCCGGGCUGCGGCUCUUCUCUGUGCUCAGCCUGGCCUGGGGCUUCGUAGCCGACGUGGACCUGGAGAGCGAGAAGUACCGGUGCCUGGGGGAGAUGCGCUUCACGGUGGGCACCUUCAUGCGCCUGGCAGCGCUGCGCACCUACCAGGGCCGCCUGGCCUACCUCCCUGUAGGCAGGGCCCCCUCGGAGGGGGCCCCCUCCCCGAUGCGGGUGCAGCAGGGCCCCAGGGACGGGCACCUCGUUCCCCUGGAGGAGCCGGUGCCCUCCCACUGGACGGUGGUGCCCAGCCAGGACUUCGUGCUGGUGCUGGCCCUGCUGCACUCACACCUGGGCAGCGAGAUGUUCGCGGCCCCCAUGGGCCGCUGUGCGGCGGGCGUCAUGCACCUGUUCUACGUGCGUGCGGGCGUGUCUCGGGCCUCGCUGCUGCGCCUCUUCCUGGCCAUGGAGAAGGGCAAGCACAUGGAGCAGGGCUGCCCCUACCUGGUACAUGUGCCCGUGGUCGCCUUCCGCCUGGAGCCCAAGAACGGGGAGGGCGUGUUUGCCGUGGACGGGGAGCUGGUGGUCAGCCAAGCUGUGCAGGGCCAGGUGCACCCAAACUGCUUCUGGGUGGUCAGUGACUGUGUGCAGCCCCCACCCAGCCGGGAGCCCUUGUGACUCCGCGGGAUUUGUGCCUUUGUCUGUCUGCUGGGUCUGCGCCCAGUUCAGGACCCUCCCUCCUUCCCCAGCGCUGGGGGUGGUCUGUGCGCAGCUCUUGACUUCUGGAGAAGAGAGGGAGGGGUGGGCUGUGCUUUGGGAGGGCAGGUUCUGCCUGCCGAGGCCAGAAACCCAGCUGGCUGGGCCGGUUGCCUGGGGAAGGCGCUCGGUUCUGAGUCCACCCCACGAAUCAGAUCCGAAUAAAAUGACGUUCCCCA